GGGGGGGGGGGGGGGGGGGGGGUUGACGUGCGGCGUUGCCGUGGUGAUGAGUGUGUGGUGCCGGGGCCUGUGUGAGCGGCGGCGGCGGCGGAGAGGGGUCGUCUCUGUCCGACAUGGCUGAGUUGGGAUUAAAUGAACACCAUCAGAGCGCUGUCAUCAGCUACAUGCGCUUUGCUCGUUCCAAAAGAGCACUGAGACUGAAAACUGUAGAUUCUUGUUUUCAAGAUCUGAAGGACAGCAGGCUGACUGAAGACACAUUCACUGUGGACGAAGUGACAGAUAUUCUGGAUGGGCUGAAGGUGGUGGUGCACAGUGAGGUGGAGUCGGAGCUCAUCAACACCACAUACACUAACGUGCUGUUCCUGCGCCAGCUGUUCUGCCAGGCGGAGAAAUGGUACUUGAAGUUGCAGACCGACAUUUCCGAUCUGGAAAACAGGGAACUCUUAGAACAAGUUGCAGAAUUUGAAAAGGCAGAAUUUACUACAGCAGGCAAAAAAGCAAGCACAGAAAUCAGCAAACUGAAACUUGCUCCAUUGAAUGAAGGAGGCGUUUCUGAACUCUUGAGCAAGGAGAUCACACGACUCCAAGAGGAGAACGAUAAGCUGAAGGCAAGACUAAAAACUAUCGAAACACAGGCCACAAAUGCAUUGGAUGAAAAGUUCAAAUUAGAGCGAGUUCUUAAGGAUUUAGAAAAAGCCCAAGGGGACCAAGAGCCCAAAUUAAAAAUGCAGGAGGUGUCAGACCUGGAGACAUCACUGGCGAAACUGAGGGCGGAUUUUGAGAAGAGUCUGAACAUGAGCAGUGAGAACCAGAAGAGUUUAGAGGACAAUCUCAUUUCCACCAAACACGAUCUGCUCAAAGUACAAGAAGAUCUCCUGCUGGCCGAGAAGGAACUGGAGAAAAAGUUCCAAGAAACUGCCGCUUACCGCAAUAUGAAAGAAUUAUUAACGAAAAAGAACGAGCAAGUGAAGGAACUGCGUAAACGCCUCUCACAGUAUGAAGCAGGGGACUAAAGUUGGACUCUUGUCAAGGUGCUUCAGAAAAUCAUUUUACUUCUUUGCCGUGUUUGGGAGAUUUUAUUUAGAACUGUUUCUUUUAAUGUUUUUGCUUUAAAUUAAAAAAAAAUUCUGUGACAUU